CGUGAUUCCAGAAGGACUGAGGACACUGCUUCCACUGCUCUCUUACAGCAGCGAAGUGACGAGAACCGUUGAUGACAAACUGGUGUGAGGUCACAUAGAUUCCAUGUGAAUUAAUGAAAGGAAAUUUUUCCCUCCCUUUGCCUCUUCACAAUGGCUUUUGAGGAGCUCCUUAAUGAAGUUGGUGGCCUGGGAAAAUUCCAGAUCCUUCAGAUGGUUUUAGCUCUUCCUCUUGUUGGGAUAGCAGCCUGUCAUAUACUGUUGGAGAACUUCACUGCCGCCAUUCCCGGUCAUCGCUGCUGGGUCUAUAUCCUGGAUAAUGCCACUGGGAUCCUCAGCCCUGAUGUCCUUCUGAGAAUCUCCAUCCCACUGGAUUCAAACUUAAAGCCAGAGAAGUGUCAUCGCUUCCUCCACCCCCAGUGGCAGCUCCUUCACCUGAAUAGGACCUUCCCCAACAUGUCUGACCUGGACACGGAGCCUUGUGUGGAUGGCUGGGUGUAUGACCACAGCCUGUUCUCCUCCACCAUCGUGACUGAGUGGGACCUCAUAUGUGAUCACCAGUCACAGAAAUCGGUGGUUCAGUUUGUAUUCAUGGCUGGAAUGCAGGUGGGAGGCUUCAUAUACGGCCAUCUCUCAGACAGGUUUGGGCGAAAGUUGAUUCUCAGGUGCUGUUUGCUCCAGCUCGCCAUCUCUGGGACCUGCACAGCCUUUGCUCCCACCUUCCUCAUUUACUGCUUGCUACGCUUCUGGUCAGGCUGUUCUGCUGUGGCCAUCAUAACAAAUAACUGGAUGCUCAUUGCAGAGUGGACAAGGUCCCAGUCUAAAGCCAUGGUGAUAAUGCUGAUAACUUGUGCUGUUAGUAUUGGACAGAUGAUGCUGGGAGGACUGGCUUUUGUCUUUCGAGAGUGGCGCACCCUACAGCUGGUGGUGUCUAUACCUUUCUUUGUCUUCUCUUUCUCCUCAAGGUGGCUGGUGGAAUCUGCACGGUGGCUGAUUAUCACCAAUAAAACAGAUGAAGGAUUAAGGGAACUUAAGAAAGUUGCACGCAGAAAUGAAAUGAAGAAUGCUGAGGCAAUCCUGAACAUGGAGGGUUUGAGAGUGAUGAUGCAGGAGGAGCUGGAGGGAGCACAGACCAAAACUACUGUGUUUGACUUUUUCCGCACACCCAACCUGCGUAAAAGGAUCUGUCUCCUCCUCUUUGUGAGGUUUGCCGUCACAGUACCCCUUUAUGGCAUCUCUAUGAAUCUACAGCACUUUGGAAGCAAUAUAUUCCUGUUCCAGGUCAUCUUUGGAGCUCUCACCACCUUAGCCCGAUGUCUCGCACUUGUCGUACUGAAUCACAAGGGCCGUCGACCAACGCAGAUGUUUUUCUUGUUCCUGGUGGGAGUUUCCAUUUUGGCCAACACGUUUGUGCCCCCAGAAAUGCAGGCUCUGCGUGUGGCUUUGGCAAGUGUGGGAAUCACCUGUGUUGCCGCUGCUGUCACCAGUUACUGCGUCCACUGUGAUGAGCUCAUGCCCACUCUUCUCAGGGCAAAAGCUUUUGGAUUAGAUGCAAUGGUUAGUAGGUGUGGGUCAGCACUGGCUCCUCUCCUAAUGACCCUAGUGGUGUAUCUACCCACCCUGCCCUGGAUCAUCUAUGGAGUCUUUCCCAUCAUUGCUGGUCUUGUUGUCCCAUUCCAACCUGAAACCAAAAAUAUGCCUCUGUCUGACACUAUCCAGGAUGUGGAAAAUACCAAAAGAGUCUCAAGAGAAGCAAAAGAUUUCUACAUAAAAGUGACAAAAUUUUAAGCGGAUUUCAUGAAAUGGCUGGUGAGGAAAAUAAAAACAUGAAG